UCAAAAAAGUUUGCUAUGUAAAAAUUGCCAAAAAUGUCUACCUUUUGGUGUAUUUACUUUCUAUUUUCACUAUUGAUCUGGAGUGCUAAAUCGUAUAAAUCUCAAUCAGAACCUUCUGGAAAUGUAACCAUAAUCACGAAUUUGAGUGCGAAGCCAAGAUCUGUAGAUCAGUGCACUCCUGGCACGGUACUUAAGCUGAGAGUGGACAAUUUCUUCGAAAUCACCAAAGGUGGGACGUUUUUCAUAAAGUUCUAUGAGCCGAAUUGCAUGGGCUGCCACGACUUUGAAACAACCUGGACUGAUUUGGCCAAAUCGUUCAAGUCGAAGGAAAACAUUUGUUUUGCUGAGCUUAACUGCAAAUUCGCAAAAACCAUAUGCAACGACUAUGAGCUUCGGUAUGAACCAAACCUAAUAUGGCUGGAGAAUGGGGAGGAAGUUCAGCAGUACGACGGGGACUUGACUUCCCCUGCCAUUAAAAUAUUCGUUAGGGAAAUGAUUAAGCGGAAUAACACCAACAAAUCCGCUGCCGAGAGGCCAUAUUUUCACACCAAGCCAAUUAUCCUCUUUGGAUGGUUCCUCUUUGCUGGGGAUGUGAUUUCGUAUUUUGCAUAAAUAUCUCUAAAUUAUACUCGUAUUGUAGGUUAAAAUGAAAAAUAAUUAUAAA